GAUAUGAUUCAUCAUCGGUCGUCGCUUUCUGCCUUCUGCCACAUCGACGUUGUAUUUCGUAAAAACGCUCGCUUCGCCGUUUAGUGUUCUCUUCUCUAUUCAGUCGCUACAAUCGUUGUCUUGUUAACUUAUUUUCGAUUUAAAAGUUCGAACUUUUGCGGAUAAUUACUCAUCAGUGCGCUACAUUACAGAAUGAAGAAAAAUCUAAGUGCUUCUUGCGAGUUCUUCGUGUCGACAAACACAUGAGUUUUUGGUGUGUUCUUGUGUUAGUGAAAAAUCUUUUGUUUAUUUAUUUGAAUCAGAGGUGAUGCAGGAGAUCAUCUAAACAGCAAAAAUUUGAAAAUCCAUCGCAUGAAUACUCAUGUACAAAUUUGGUCUCCCAAUAUGUUCGCGGGUGUUGACCAGAGUUAGCAAGAUGACCGGAAACAUCGUCGCCGAAUUCGACCUGAGAUAGUAUAGAGCACCAAGUUUACACUUAAGCUGAGGAAUUCAUCUAGCGAAAUGUCUUCGAUUUGGACUCGAGGGGUUCACAGUGUCGUCUCAUCGGGACCUGUGACGGUCACUUCGAUCAAUAUGCAGGAUAUUCCGUCCGCAAAUGAUGCCAAUGUUAACACUAUGGUUAAAGCCGAAGAUUUCAGUAUAAAGAAAGAAGAAAAUAUUGACGACGAUUCGGAUGCUGAAGAAUUGAGUAAAAUUGAUUUCGCCGGAGUAAGCAUGAGAAAUAAAAAAUCCAAAUCGGACGAAGUUCCUAACGAUAGAAUCGAAAGACCAAUGUCUUGGGAAGGCGAGCUCUCGGAUUUAGAAAUGAAACAAGAAAACGAAGACGGCGAUACGUUAAUCAGUAACAACGGACGUGAUUCUGCCAAUUCGAGGACUGAUAAUGCAGAGAAUUCCGAUGACGGGAAACCAGCUCUUCUUAAGUUUACAACUGAAGUUAUGGUCGAUCAAAUGGCCGAGAACGUUAAAGUGAGCAAAGCUACAUCACAGUCUGAAAUUCCUCUUCUAGUGGAUAAGUUAUUAGGAAGUAGUUAUAGUCCAAUACUUCAACAUAGGUCUGGAAAAACGCAAAUACCACCGACUCCUAGCCCAGAUUCUGCCAUACAUAGUUGCUAUUCUCCGACUCAAUCUCCAGUCACAUCGAGACAUCUACCGUCUUCCGGAUUCUCAUCGCCUUUUACACCGUCGCUGUCUCGUAACAACAGCGACGCUUCUCAAUACGGAGGAUCGCAACAUAGUUCGUGCUAUAGUCAAAGUUACUCUUCGGUAUCUGUUUCUCCUACGCAAUUCUCACCUACUCAUUCGCCGAUACAAGGAAGACACGGCUAUAAAAACGCUUCUGAUUUUCCACCUCAUAGUAUUAAUGGAAACAGCAUUUAUAAUAUAAAUAGGCAUAAUGUUUUAGAAGAUGGUGCACAUUUGGAUUCUAUUUCAACGGAACAUCACAAUGACGAUAGUAAUAUGUACGAAGAUCGAGUACCACCAUUUACCACUGAAAUGGGCCAUCAUUCUCCUAACUUGAGCACGUCCUCUGGUAUAUCAAGACAACAAUUAAUCAAUAGUCCAUGUCCUAUUUGUGGUGAUAAAAUCUCCGGCUUUCAUUACGGUAUUUUUUCUUGCGAAAGUUGUAAAGGGUUUUUCAAAAGAACUGUGCAAAAUCACAAGAAUUACGUUUGCUUGCGAGGAUCGUCAUGUUUAGUCACAAUCGCAACUCGCAAAAAAUGUCCAGCUUGUAGAUUCGAUAAAUGCUUGAACAUGGGAAUGAAAUUAGAAGCCAUCAGAGUGGAUAGGACUCGAGGUGGUAGAAGUACAUACCCAUUUUCGUACACGUUGCCAGCCAGCAUUACUCAAAUGCAGAACUCAAAUGAUGCAUCGAUGAAUAUGGUUAAACAAGAAACUUCUUCAGAUGCGUCUCCUCCUUCUCCUCAAAUGUCCAAUAGAUUGAUACCGCCUCUGUUACAAGAGAUUAUGGAAGUUGAGCAUCUGUGGCAGUAUAACGAAGGUGAAAUUCCAAACGUUCGAACAAAUACAAAUAAUCCAGAUUUUCUGUCCAAUUUAUGUAAUAUAGCCGAUCAUAGAUUAUAUAAAAUUGUCAAAUGGUGCAAAUCACUGCCGUUAUUUAAGAAUAUUUCUAUCGACGAUCAAAUUUCUUUGUUGAUAAACGCGUGGUGCGAAUUAUUACUAUUUAGUUGUUGCUAUCGUUCUGUCGGAAGUCCCGGUGAGAUUCGGGUUAGUUUAGGUAAAUCGAUCAAUUUGAAUCAGGCUAAAGAGCUUGGUUUAGCGCCGUGCAUAGAAAGAAUGUUGAAUUUCACCGAGCAUCUGCGUAGACUUCGAGUCGAUCGUUAUGAAUACGUUGCCAUGAAAGUUAUCGUACUUCUUUCUUCUGAUUCGAGCGAUUUGAGAGAACCAGAAAAGGCCAGAGCAUCUCAAGAAAAAGCAUUGCAAGCUUUACAGCAGUAUACGAUUGCUCAUUAUCCAGAUAUGCCAUCCAAGUUUGGUGAAUUAUUGUUGAGGAUUCCUGAUUUACAACGAACUUGUCAGGUUGGCAAAGAAAUGCUUUCUAUAAAGCAUAAAGAAGGCGAAGGUCCUAGUUUUAAUUUAUUAAUGGAAUUGCUGAGAGGUGAUCAUUGAAAUUGAUCUUGAAGACAAAGUAUGAAACUUGAACGAGCUUUUUGACGAGCUUAUUAACUUAAUUUUUCUACACUCUAGUCCUAUUAUUGAAAUCAAAUAAUAAUACGAAAAAAGUACGCAUUUGCGUGGAAAUCGAUAUUUGUCAGCGCGUGGAAUACAUAUUUUUGUAUUAUGUAAUUGUAAAUUUAUCGCGCAACUUUUAUGUGUAAAUUUAAAAAAUUGUCCGAUCGAUGGGUAAUUUUUCUACGCCAUGGCGCAAUUUGCAUUUUAAACUAUUAUUAAAUGUCGGACAUUUUUAUUGAUUUUAAUUGUAAAGUUCUUGGAUCUAAGAUCGAUAAAGUAAACAAAACCAAAUCUCUUCCAACAUUGAAAUGUUCAUAAUUUUUUUCUGUUGAUGCUGUGAUAUAUUUGAGAUCAUGGCUUUUUAUUGUUUUAUUUUUUGUUUAGUUGUUUAAAAAUCCACAUACAUCGCUGGUUCGAACCGUCUCAUAAUUUUCAUUGUUUUCUUCUUCUCAUUAUUUUUAUUAAUAUGUUGAAAAUCAAUUUUAGCUUUUGUUUUUUUUUUAUUAAUACGAUCAUAGUAUAGAGAUAUUUUGAUCUUCUGCGAUGAAGUUCCUCUACUUCUACUUUGCUAAUAGAAAAUUUAUAAUUAGUUACCUUUGAUAGUGUUUUUCUCUCAUCUUCUCGCCUAAAACAAUUCAACUUUCUUUGCAUUUUUUUUAAUACUUCAAAAUUGAUUAACAAAGUAGAGAUUUACUUUACUUACGUUUUUAUUUGUUGUUUAAUAUUACCUAGGUAGGUACUUGAUAUGAACUGUUUUUUAAAAAUUUAUUCAUUCAUUUUUUUAAAAUUUUGCGUAAACAAUCAAAAGGCUGUGUUAUGCGAAAAUUUUUCGUUCAUUUUAAUUAUCGAAUUGUAAAGCGUCAAGAUUAUCGAUAUCGAUUUUGGCCAUACAAUUUUUUAAAUCAUGAUUGAAUUAUUGCUAAGCCUUCCUGCAAUAGUUUUUGCCUUUUUUUUCUAAAUACGAUUUAAAAAACCUAAUUACGCUUAACAUUUUUAUUUAAGUUGUGCCUUAUCAUUAUCUUUUUUUCCUCUUUUCAAUUAAUCGCUAACGAUCACUUAAUUUUUUACGUGUAGGUAUUUUUAGCUUGAUAUAACUAUUAUUUUUAGUUAUUUAUACUUUUUUUCACGGUUUAAUUUUGUACUAUAUUUCAAGUUUUUUUUUGUUUUUUUUUUUCUAAAGUUACUAAUUUAAGUAUCAUUUUUUUUUUCUUUUUUAAAUAUUACGAUUUUUCUGUUAAAGUAUAUUUUUGUACAUAAAUGCCAAUUUUUUAAUUGUUUUCAAAAACGAAACAGAUUGCUUAAUUAGACUUUAAAUACUUCCUUUUUGAUUUUUUUUGUUUGGUAAUCGAUUUAUAGAUGCGUAAUCAAACUUUUUUUAUUUGUUAAUUUUUUUUAAUUACUUAGUUUUUUUUUGUAACUGGUCUAUGACUACGUGAUUAUGCUUUUAAAAAGCCCCGAAUAUCAACGAUGAAUACAAUAUACGAGUGACAUAUUGA